AUGACGCCUCCGUGUCUUCAUCCAGAGACUGUUCCUUGCAUGCAGACACCACUCGGCCGUUCUUUCCAUUGCCAUGGUGUCUCCCCCGCCCGAGCCUCACUGCCUCUCGCCCUUUCCCUUUCAUCGCAUCUUUUCUGCCUCCUCGCUAGCUCGGCGCUUUGCUUCUGUCUCUCUGCUGUUCCUCGCAGAUACGUGUACAGCGUGAAGCUCGUGCGCUUCUGUGACCGGAGCCAGGUGUCUCGACACCGGCUCGCUGCCGUUCGUGUGCCUCCGCCGAAGAAGUUUUUCACUGGCGACGUCCAGCUGGCGUCUCCGCGGAGUCGGUGUCGCGCCGGCGCCGGCGCAUGCACAGCCCCCGAGGGCCAGGGAGCGCAAGAAGAGCGAGCGAAGAGGAUUCAGGCUCUCCUCCCGUCAGCCGACAGCACAGAGGGCGCCUACGUCUGGGCCAAUGCCUCGAACGACCCUCGAAGAGGAACGACUCUGCUGGCGAAGUCCUCUGUGCAGAGUGAAGCGAUUUGCUUCGCGUUUGACAAACAUCUCUCGUACUGGGAGCAAGACAGCCACUACCGCGCGCGACCCUCCGAUGUGAGGACCUUGCCGAGUUCUGGUCCUCGGGACUCGCUGGACCGUCAGCCGUCGCUGAACGAAGCCUGCGCUCUUGCGGCCUGUAAAUCUCCCGAGGGAAGCGGCUCGCCGAACGCUCCAGCGGCGCUUGCAGAGGCUGGAGAGCCGAGCGAGGAGGACGGAGGCCGGAACCGCGAGAGAGGUCGAGAGGCGAGUGCAGAGAUCGCGGCGGGGUCGACGCAUCUGCAGAGAAGACUCCUUCCCGUAGAUUCUUCCCAGGAGACCGCGAAGAACGACGAGGGAGAAUCCAGCGAAGAAGAACGGAGGCAGGAAAGCGUGGAUCCGAGAAGGGAAGCUGGACAGGAGACAGGAGCUACGCUGGAAGAGAUAAGGGAGAGCCUAGGUGAAGAGAGCGAGGCCAGACCGGAUGCGGCCUUGCGCGUCUGUGCGUCCUCCGAGGAGCUGAGCCUCACACUAGCAGAGGGCGUUCAGUCACCCUUCUCCUUCAGCGGCCAGAGGGCCCUGUCGCCGCGACUCGAGGUCGAAGCGGCGAGCCUUGGAGGCGAGAGCAGAAACGACGAAGACCUCACCGUCUCCGCCUUCUCAGACGACGAGGGUGAGCAGACACCUGCCAAGGCGGGUGCAGACAAGACUGCGGAGAACGGCGAGGUCGCUGCUGCAAGCUCAUCGCCGGCGGCGAAUUUUAGCGCUGAAGACUCCCAGGUUCCGCCAGGCUCGCUGAGGCGCCCGGCGGGUGAUGCCGCCCGCGAGUCGAGCGCAAGCAAGACGAACGUGUGCUGCCCAGCGGCGCUGGACAGCCUCGACAGAGACAUCGACGAAGUUUGUAGACUGCUGGAGAGUCGCCCGGCCUACUCGUGUGGCGCGCGAGACUCUGAGGGGGAACUCGAGAAGGAGACAGGAACUCAAGAGGAGAAAAGCAACGCAUCGGAAGACCGUGCUUCCGAGCUGAGCGUUGAGGCGCCGCUUCCUGUUGCGAGCGCCAGAGGCCGGCGCAGAGAAAGGGAGGAAAAUAGAGACUUGGAGAGCAGAGCAGAGUUUGUGCGCAGACGUCACGCGUCCCUGGCCGCCAUUGGCCGUCGCGUCAAGGCCGACGCCGCCAAGCGGCGCCACCGGUCUCUGUCCUCCCACCGCCGCGGGUCUGCCUCUGAGCUCGCCUUGGAUUCGUCUCCUGCUUCUCCGGCGAGACGCGCCAGCCUGGCGACGCUCGUGAUUGCACAAGUCCGGGAGGAGGAGCGCGCCAAGGUCCGAGAGGCCCUCGAGGGUGGAGCGGAAGGCGAACGCGGCCUUGCCGGGUCUGCGAGACCGAGACGCAGUCGCACUCUCGAACUCUCUCGCCUCGGCACAAACCACGACGCGUACGAGGCGGCGUACCGCCGCAUCCUUGAGGGCUGCAUCACUGUCAAGGAGACUGACUGGACGUUUCUCGCCUCUGGGGAGACUGGCGAAAGCGAGAAGCUGGCCUCCGACGGCCGAGCGAGCAGCGAGGACAGUGGAUGCAGUGGAAACGCGAGCGGCGCCUAG